AUGCCUGCUGUUACGAGACCCGUUCUUCCGCCUCUCCAGACUCCCAAAACCGCCUCCUUCCCUUCUGAGAUUGUCGACACUCCCAACUCUUGCGUCUCAGCCUUGAUCAAGCAGGAAAAUGUAGGAACGCCCAUCACUCCGCCUGUCGCCUACACCGAGUUUCUCAAGGCCCUGACUCCGGUCCUGGCGAGUCCUCCAGAGACUGGCGCACUCUCAAGAUCCAUGUCGGAUGAGUCUACAAGUACUCGGCAUUCGAUGAUAUCAAAUGCCUCGACAACAUCCAGCAUGUCUUCGAGUCGAAGUGAGAGUCACAAAUCUCCCACCAGUUCCGUCCCACCAACCCCAUACAAUCGCAGAACCCCAACGGCUCUGCGACGAUUGAGGAUACCCCAUUCACCCGCCUUCUCACCAUCAACCUGUGGCCCCUCACCCCGCACUGCUAUGAGCGGGAUGAGUACUGGGAGCCUGCUGUAUUCUCCUUUCUCGUCAGCAGAUUGGAGUAUAGACAGUGCGACUCGACGAUAUUUUGAAGCCCCAAAGAGUGCCUGUAUCAAGCCCGUGAGCGUUCGUUCUGUGGUCACGAGAACGGUAACAUACAAGCGAUCCCCACCAUUAGAACCAGCUCCCAAGGGCAAAAAGCGGAAGAUCUCAGCCACGGAGAUGCCGCCACCAGCCAUGGGAAAAGACAAAGAUGGCAAUGCCAUUUCAGUUAGCAACUUCCCUUCUACACUGGUCGACUCGACCUCGACUUCAACUUCGACCCCGAUGAACUCACCCCCGAUCAGUCCUUUACCACCGGCAGUGUCUACCCCUUCUACUGUGGUUGCAUGA